AACGCUCUGAGUAUUUAGUCUAGAAACACCUUCUCUUUUCGUUUUUUAAAUGUAAGGAUUUCUGAUACUCUGAGGCAACUAGUGAAUUUUGAACAGACUAUGAGAAGAGGUAACACUAAGUUAAUGGUCUCCGCUGACAAGACAUUCAGUGAUUAUGAACUAUUGUAAAACAAGACUUUGUGGCCGACUUCAUUUUGCAUUGAAUAUAACAAAAUAUUUAUCAGUGGGAAAACAGAGAAGUUAUUCCAUGCUGCCAAGAAGUAUUACCCAAUUCCCGAUGUGAACAUGAAACUAACUGCAGCACAUUCCAGACCAAUGUUUGAUACUGAGAACUGAAAUUCAAACAACUGUUUCAUCCAGGAUGUAAAAGCAAUUACAUGAUUUUCUUGCUUUUCAACAACCGAGUCUCUUGACAAGAAAGGGCUGCGCUCAGGGGUGCGUGCAGCAAUUUGAGGUAAUAUGGGUUGACGGCUGAAGGAUAUUCUGAUUCAGAUCGGCUCACAAUGCCUGAAGGAGCCCGCCGGGUGAGGGACAAAAAGCAAAACAAGCAAGUAAGCCCCAGACCUUCGUCCGUCUCUUCCCUGAGCGGAAUUGUUUCCAGCAUGUCAACAGAUGCUAUCUCUGGUAGCUGCACAUCUGUCAACACUGUGUGCUCAGACAGUGAUCAUCCAGUAAGCCUUAGUUCUUCUACCUCUUCUGCAUCUCUACAGGACAGUCACAGCUCGUUUGGGAGUAAUGGUGCACUUGGCUCUGCUGCCUAUGGCUCCCAUUAUCCUCAGCAAAAUGGCAGUGACAUAAGCCUGGAUCUCACCCCAGUAACACAGCUUGACAGCCAAUCGGAAGCUGAGCACAGUGGGAUUGAAGAUGGGGCUAAGAGCCCGAGGAUUAAAUGCCCAAAUUCACCCUGGUCACCGUUACUGAGCAAAGCUAAGGAGUCAAAAGGAAAACUGUCUCAUGUUGACCGAGUUGUGAUGGAAAUUGUUGAAACAGAACAUGCCUAUGUCAGAGAUCUGAAGAGUAUUGUAGAGGAUUAUCUAGGCUGUAUCAUAGACUGUGGUGGUUUGCCACUCAAACCUGAGGAUGUCAGCACCUUGUUCUGUAAUAUUGAAGACAUCUAUGAAUUUAACAGUGAACUUCUAGAAGACUUGGAAAGGUGCCGGAAUGCCAGUGCCAUUGCAGAGUGUUUCGUUGAGAGAAGUGAAGAAUUUGACAUCUACACUCUCUACUGUAUGAACUAUCCAAACUCAGUUGCAGUCUUGAAUGAAUGCAUGAAGAAUGAGGUUUUGGUAAAGUUUUUCCGUGAAAGACAGAUGAUGUUGUCACAUUCAUUGCCCUUGGAAACAUACCUCCUCAAGCCUGUACAGAGAAUCCUCAAGUACCACCUUCUUUUACAGGAGUUAGCGAAGCACUUUGACAAGAAUGCCGAAGGGUAUGAAAUUGUGGAGGAAGCCAUCAUCACUAUGACAGCAGUUGCCUGGUACAUCAAUGAUAUGAAGCGCAAACAGGAACAUGCAGCCAGACUGCUGGAGAUCCAGAGUUUGCUAGUGAACUGGAAAGGUCCAGACCUGCGUGCAUUUGGCGAACUAGUCUUAGAAGGCAUGUUCCGUGUCCAGAGGGUAAAGAAGGAGCGUGCAUUUUUCCUUUUUGAAAAAAUGCUGCUGAUCACUAAGAAAAGAGGGGAACAGUAUGUCUACAAGACUCAUAUAUUUUGCUGCAAUCUCAACCUCUCUGAGAACCUAAAAGACCCCAUGAGUUUCAAAGUUUCAGACUUAACCAUUCCCAAGCAGCAACAUGUUGUUCAGGUAAAGAAUCAAGAGGAAAAGCGACUUUGGCUUCACUACCUCAAGCGACUCAUUGUAGAAAAUCAUCCUGCAUCAAUCCCUCAGAAGGCUAAACAAGUCCUCUUAGAAAACACCUCUCAAUAUCCUCCAGAAAUAAGAUUUAGCCCAGACCGAGCAAAGAAAAGCUCAUCUUCCCCUAGGUUUGAUGAUUCCAGAAAUAUUCCAAGGAGUAGACGCCAAUCAGAGACUCCAGAGUAUGUGUAUAGCCCAGAAAAACCCAAGAAAAGCUUUUCCUUAACCUUGGACCCUAACAUCCAUUAUCGACGAAUUCGAAGACAGUCAGCACCAGCAAAAGAAAUCGAGGCAGCCCUGGAACAAGGCAAGAAAUUGAAGCAUGCAGGUAGUGAAGGGGAACUCUUCCCAUCAUCUGAACCCAUUCAGUCUGCUGGUAGUAGCUGUACCAUAGCUUCCAGUGUUAUUGAAGUUGAGACUCCAGGUGAUAGCGAUGGCCUUGAAAUAAUAGGAGAAUCUUUAAAUUCAACAUCGUCAAUCACAGAAGAGAUCAUGGAACUACUAAACAAAACUGGGCAAAUGAGGGACAGGGAGGCAUGUGCAAAUGAAGAGAGAAUGGAGGAAGAAGAUGCCUCACCUAUGACUCCUGAGACAGUGAGGGAUCAUCAAGAAUUAAUAAUUUCCCAUCAUGAUGUCUCAGAAGACAAUGGUGCACCUGCAGUGAAUUCUACUUCCCACUUACCAUCACAAAAUAACAUUCCACAAGAACAUCUGAAAGAAGACGGACAUACUUGCAGUACUGCUUUGAUGAGAUCAGAUGCUCAGGGUACAGUAAACAAAAAAAACUCAGCAGGAAGCAUUGACAUUUCUAUGAACCCUGAACAUAGUCAGCAUAAUAGUCUUCCUUCUCUCCCUCAUUUAAACAAAAUGAGUCAAGUAAAUACUGCAGCCUGUACUCAGCUGCCUGAUAUAACUGUACAUGAUGAGGUCCAAAAUCAAACCUCAGACACAUCACAAGGGAAUAUGACCAAAGAUCUUGAUUUUAUGCCUAGUUGUAUUAAUUUCAGUGAAGAUAUUUUAAAGUUGGACAACAAUGACAAUUUCCAGGGCCUAACUUCUCAAAACACAGAUAGUAAUCAGUUACUGGAGGAUAGUAUGGUUACUUCUGACAAUUCAUUAGAGCAAUCAGAUACUGCACUUGCUAAUGUCAAAAGGGACUCUGUCUUAACAAAAAAUGACAGAUUGCUCAUUGAGAAGAUAAAAAGCUAUUAUGAAACAGCUGAAAUAAACAGUAGCACUGCACAUUUCCAAAGAAGGGAUAGUAUAUCCCAUAUACCUACGGGGGUUGUUAAGGAUUCUGUUUCAAGGUUUAAUUACAUGCAGAAACAAGAAAGUGUAAGUGAUAUUGAGCUGUGUAAGAUACUUAGUCCAGAUGUAUCUGACCCGUCCUCUGCAGAAAUUCCAUGUUGUGAAACUGGCAUUGAGGAAAAUAAUAAUGUGGUUGUCAUGCAGUCAAUGUCCUUAGAUAAAGGCAUAACUGAAAACAAAGACAUUGCUCAAGCUGAUGAUGUUAUGAAGUCAGAUGGUUCUGAGACAGGUGUUGCAGAAACGAACCCCAAGUCCUGUGCUGAGAUCCAGGACGUGUGGCAAGAAAAGAACCAUUCUAAUGCCCAAAAUAAGGAAUCCAAAUCUACUCCAAUGAAAGAGGAAAAAAAUCAUCAGGAAGGAAAUGAUGGUGAAAGUCAGUUUAAUGAGCCUUUACUUAUUCUAGAAGAAUCUGAUUUGGAUAAUACCUCAAGUUUUUAUGAGGAGUUAUCAAGCACUGAAGCAGAAGACUGGUCUGAAAAAAACAGUGUAAAAAAUGAAAAUGUGCAGAAGAUAAAAAUUACUGUAAGCUGUGAUGAGGUUUGCAAUGACGUCACACACAAUUAUUCUACAAAGAUAUUUUCAAAUAAUGUUUCCUGCUGCAGGGCACCUGAAAUUCCAGAGAUCAGGCUUUAUGAAGAAGGAGAAGACAGCCUAUCUGAAAACUCAGAAAAGAUCAAAACCAAAGUGCAAAUGCUAGCGCGAAUGUAUAGUGAGAAGAUCAGUAAAAUGAAGACUCCCCUCCAAAGAAGAGUUUGGGAGAGUAGAUAUCAAGGAAAGAAAACAACAAAAGACACAGCUUUGCAAUUGCAAAAUGUGGAAAAAGAGAAAAGGAGAACGACCAUAAAUUCAGGUAACAGGAGGAAUUUUGGGGAACCCCAAAUUUAUGGACACGUCCUCAUCCAUGAUACUCCACAGGUAUACCACAUCCAAGAAAAUACAUCACUGAUCACUGCAGCUAAGGAGAGUACCCAUGACCUAGAAGAAGGCAAACAGAAGUUUCUGACAUGGUCUUUCAGUGCCAGUGAUCUGCCUCUGGAAAACACCAAGAUAAAAGAGGAGUACAUUCAAAGAGACUGCGGUAUGAAGUCAGUGAGUUCACAAUUACUAAGGCAGUCCAAUUUAAGUAAACAGACUGUGUCCCACUACCUUGAAUAUUCUGAGACUUCAUUUACUAGCAAAGAAACCAUAUUGCAGCAACAUCACACUUCUGAAGAGUCAAGCUAUAACCUUGUAACUUCAGCGGUAGUGAACAAGGCUCCAAUCAAUCCCGCUGAGUUAAGUUCAGAAGCAGUGGAGGAAGCUGCAGACAUUCCUCUUCCUCAUACAAAUUUAACAGACUUUGGAAAUACCAGUACUGCAGUAACAUCUUCUUCAAUAAGUAAAUCAAAAGUAGUACUUUCUUCAUCCUCAUCAUCAUCAUCAUCAACGAGCAGUACAGAUUCUGUAAAUGAAACAAUUAUUUCAAUAGGUGACCGACAUGUAAAUCAGACAGAACAUUUAGUAACAGUUUUUGAAUGUUCAGCAUUGUUGGAAAAUGUAGGCCUGCACGAUGAAGGGCAAGACAAAUGUAAGCAGAAAGUCAAAGAUGGGAUAGCAGAAGUGGCAUGUGAAACACAACAACAGGUUAACUUAGUACCAACAGAGUUACAGCUUCCUGUGAUGGAAAUACAUUCACCCCAACCUGCACCCACAAUCCCAAAAAACAUGACUAAUGAAUCAUCACCAGUUUCUUGUGAAAGUACAGACAAAUGUACACUUCAAAACUGCUCUGAAGAAUCUGAUAUCAGGAUUGUCUCCAUUUGUUCCUCUUUGCACCAGCCAAGUACAUCACUGAACCAUGUGGACAUCAGUGAAACAGAAAUUCAUGUCGCAUCUGUUAACAAUGAAUACAUGCAAGAGCAACUAACAUCAGACUUCGCCAAUUUACAAUCAGAUUCGCAGUCCAAAAAUUUCCCUGCAAAAGAAAAGUUGUCAUUUUCUCGGCCUGUGUCAGAAGCAGUUUUAAGUACUAUGUCUAACAGCAAUGGAAGCAUGACAACUGAUGCCUCACUAUGUCAGGCAUUAGAAAGUGAAUCACCCAUACUUUCAUCAACCAGGAAUGAAGAAAUAACAUUAGCAAAUCCAGAAGAGUCUGAGAUUCCAGCAGACCUUUCACAUCUUCACUCAAAGAAACACUCCUUCAGUUCAUGUUCACCUUCUAGGGAUUGUUCAGGUCCUGGCAUGCAGGGAAACAGUAAAACAGAAGCACCAGAAUUAACUGCAUGCACCCCAAAUGAACAGCCUUCAUUACUAAAUAACAUUAUAACUGAUCAAACAGCACUAAGUCCACAGCUUCAACCACCUGGUUUGCAAUCAUUAGACCUCAGUGACAAAAUUAAAAAUCUGAAUGCAAUUUUAGCAUUAUGUUCUAACCAGGAAAUUCAACUACCACUUUUAAGCUCAGAUGCAAGUCAUCAGUCUCCUGCAGUUCGCAAAAUGCCUUCCUCUGGAUCUGCUGCCAUUUCAAAGUAUUUAAAAGCAUCUGGAUUUACCAAGAACUUUGUAAAAUCACAUACUUCUCCUCAGCUGUCUAUUCUGAAAAAUAUAGUGUCAUUUGAAACAGCAAAAAGGUCAUUUGAAGAGGAAAUUACUGCAUCCCAAACCAAUCAAGUAUCACAUUGUGAUUCAACUGUUGUUAUUACUUCACAUUCUGAUUCAGAAACAAAGAAAGUACAGGAUAAGGCUGCUACAGCUUCUGACCAAGCUUUACAUGUUCUUAUGGAAAAUGCAGAUAAAAAUGUUGAAACUUCUUUGUCUCCAGGUAGCAACAAAGCAUCAAGAAAAUGUUUUGAAAGAUUUACAUCUGAUCCUUCCUCAUGUGAUAGUUCAGCAAACCUUUCACCAGUUUCACCGUCAGUAUUUCAUCCAUUAUGUUUUCCUGCAAAGAAAGUCAGUAAUUUAUCUGGUCAGUCACUGCAUUUAGCUUCAUCUGAUACUGUGGAGGUGGCAUCUUCCCAUCCCCUUUUCAGUCAGAGCCUGUCUACAAAUCACACGAAGUACAGGUCUGGCGACAGCUAUAUGUCUGCCUCAGAACCAAGCUCAAGAGUCCAGUCACCAUCACCUCUGUAUAACAGAGUCUGUUCACCCCCACCAGACUGUAGCAGUGCAAACGGCAAGCUAUCUUAUUCUUCAUUUGCUGGCUCCAGACCACGGACAUUUACUCCAUUAUCAAUAGGAUUAACAAGUCCAUCAGCCAAACCUUCUGAAAGCUCUUCUAAAACAAGCCUGAGACGUCGAAUGAUGUCUCCUCCUAUACUGGGCUCACAGCAAAGUAUAUGGCCAAGCAGUUUAUCUGAAAAUAUCAGGAGACCAAGAGGUAAUAGUCUGCCUUCAGUUAAUGACAAUGGCCAUUCUUCUUGCUUUUCCCCUAUUGGAAGACCUUCACUAGGUGCUGAACAAGGAAGUGGGUGGCUUUGCAAGAUGGAAACAUUAGGUGGUUUUCAUUAUGGCAGUACUGGUACUCAAUCAAGCAGGCAAGGAGCAUGUAAAAAUACUAUUGGCUCAGAAGAGUUGUCUGGCCUAUUCUGGCCACAUGUUCGAGAUCUUAGGACUAAGUACGCAGUACAUGAAUACAGAGAACAAGACAAGCUUCAUUUGAGGGAACAUCAGGAGUCAUUUGUUGGAACAAGACUGCUAAAAUCAUCAGAAAGUAGCACAUACCAGUCAGAGGCUACUGUUCAGAAAAGUUCAUCACAACCUGCAACUAACAGCACUUCAAGUUCCAUAACUGAAGAAAGAGAUAAUGGUGCUGUGAACAUGAAUGAAUCUGCAGACUGCAUGAGAAACCGAGAGAAAGGGAUCCCAAAGGCCAGCUAUGCCACCACAGUCAAUAUUCAGAUAGGUGGCAGUGGACGCAUCGCCUCUUUUAGUAAUGUUCAGGUUAGUUUGACACAACCCUUUCUAGCAGCCCCUGAAGAGAAGAGUAUGAGAAAGAUCAAUAUAAAUUCAAGCAACACAGAUACUUCACAAAAGACAUGAUAUUAUCGACUUUAUUUAAUAUAUGACAUUAAGUCUAGAAAACUUCAUUUCUUAAGUAUCUUCAGUCUUAUAAGCACACAGCAAAAAUGUACUUUAUUAACAACUUUAAAAUGUGUGUCUUUGUCAAAGCUUCUGUUUUCAGAAUUUUCCAAGUAUUUCCUUAUUUCAUAAACGUGAAUCUGCUGACUUAGACUUGGUACUUAUGGGAUAUGAGACAAGGGGCUGUUUUCAAUGGCAACACUGCAGAUCCAUGGAUUCCUCCCUGUAUUCUCUAAUUUUGCAGUAAGGACAGUAAAUGUAAAUGAUGUAAACAUCAGACGGUACUAAAGUAUUUGACUGUGAACAUCAGAUCCCUGUAGAAUUGCACUUGUGUUUCAAAAACCAUGGUCAAGAAAGUGUUAGCUGACCUAUUAUGACCUCAAUUUUUAACAUUCUUCCUGAACAAGGGAUCUGCCCAUCUUCUUUUUCUGAACUGCAGAAUUGCUUGGGAAAGAUAAAUAAGAAAGACCAAAAUAAGAUGAUUUCAUUACAAACUGUUUGCCUUUCUGAUGUACAUGAUUGUCUGAAUGGACUUAAACUGCCAUUAUGCACUGCAGGGAUAUAAAUCUUUUCAUUUUUGUAAGGGAAUGCAAUGCAGUUGUAUGUCUGUUGUAGUAUGUUCCACAUAUGUUGCUUAUGUUUAUGUGGCCUGUAGAGCUAUUCCUAUUCUUACAACAGAUACAGGACCAACUGCAAUCAUGUCAGAGCUUUUUGUCUAAACUUUAGCUAAGUCUGUGCGAAAAAAAAAAAAAAGCAGACAAGAAAAAUUGUGGUUGCAUACUUAUUUGUUGUACCAAUGUUUACUAAUGAUAUAUGUAAAUAAACAGUCACACAUGGAAUAUUUUGUAAAACAAAAUUAUUUCCAGUAUGUAUUCUUUUACAGAACUGACUGCAUUACCACUCUGUGACAAUUAUAUCAUUAAAAUAUUAUUUAGUAUAGAUAUCUAUCAGAUGCAAAUACAAAAAGAAGUGAACACAUAUGAUAAGUUGGAUAUUAUGUGCAGCUAACUGUCCUUUAUUAUGGUACUCUCAUCUGGGCAUUGCAGGCAGGUUUCCUAAGUUUAUUUCAAGAGGAACAAAUGUGAUCUGUGUAAGAUUAAAAACCUUUGUUUAUUCA